GGUCGUUCGCUCACAGGCCACGGCAUGCAUGCGGUUGUAGUUGGCAGACGGUGGAGUGUCCCGGUAAAUGUUUUCAUCCAAAGUCUUGGGAAUCAGAAGAAGCCACAUACAAAUAUGACGAGAAAUCACUCUGGACACUUUUAACAUUUCAGCCUCCUUAACACAGCCAUGGCCUCCGAGGACUGGGAGUCGGAGCUCCUUGAGGAGCCCCUGUUCAUCCUGGAGAACGGCGACGUGUACAGGAACCCCACGGAGGUGAAGAUGAGCCAGAUCGUGCUGCCCUGCCAUGCCAACCACUGCGGGGAGCUCAGUGUAGGCCAGCUGCUCAAGUGGAUGGACUCCACUGCCUGCCUCUCAGCUGAAAGGCAUGCCGGAUGUUCCUGUGUAACUGCCUCUGUUGAUGAUAUACACUUUGAACACACCAUUAGUGUUGGGCAAGUUGUCCACAUCAAAGCCAAAGUGAACAGGGCAUUCACAUCUAGCAUGGAGGUCGGUAUUGUGGUUAGCUGCGAGGACCUUUUUAGCGAUCAGCAGUGCAAGGUGUGCCAUGCAUUUGCCACAUUUGUUGCACGGCGAACAGAAGCGGGGAAGGUCCAGCUGAAACAGGUGAUCCCGCUCACACAAGCUGAGCAGAUGGAGUACAGCCUAGCAGCGGAGAGGAGGAGGAUGCGGCUCAUUCAUGCAGAGAUCAUCAACGACCUGCUCAGUAGCAGCACGUCUCAGACAGUUCCUGAAUGUGAGGAGCAUCAGGACGCAGUGCCAGCUGAACGCACCAGGGUGGAGAGUGUGGAGCUGGUCCUGCCACCCCAUGCCAACCACCAAGUCAGCACGUUCGGGGGACAGAUAAUGGCCUGGAUGGAGAAUGUGGCCACCAUUGCAGCCAGCCGACUGUGUAAUGCCCACCCGACUCUGAGCACGAUUGACAUGUUCCACUUUCGAGGCCCCUCUCACAUAGGUGACCGCUUGGUUUUAAAGGCAAUUGUUAACAACGCCUUCAAGAAAAGCAUGGAAGUGGGAGUGUGUGCAGAAGCAUACCAAGGAGGCGAGCCACUUCGCCAUAUCAACAGUGCCUUCAUGACAUUUGAGGUGCUGGACAGUGACAAGAAACCGCGCACAUUGCCCCGCAUUCGACCUGUACCAGUGGAUGGGAAGCGCCGGUACCAGGAAGCCAUUGCCAGGAAGAAAAUUAGACUGGACAGAAAGUACAUAAUUUCCUGCAAGCAUACUGAAGUGCCAUUAUCUGUUCCUUGGGACCCCAGUAAUCAGAUGUACCUCAGUUACAACAAUGUGUCUGCCUUAAAACUGUUGUCUGCACGGGGCAACUGGGCAUUGAACUCAGAAAAAUAUAAGGUGAGCUUGUAUACAUUAGAGGAGAACCAGAAGUUGUGUUUUAAAGUGGAGACACAUGUAAACGUCCCAGCAGAACAAGUGUUUGUGCUUUUGUCCGAUCUGACGCGCAGGAAGGAAUGGGAUAGGCAUUAUAAGGAAUGCGAAGUAAUAAACCAAGCUGAUGAGGAUGACACCAUCUACCGAGUGGUCACUCCCUCUGUCAGGAAGGGGGGAAAAGACCAAGACUUCAUUAUGCUGGCCUCACGGAGGCGUCCAUGUGACCCGAGUGAGCCUUACUUGAUCGCUCUGCGCUCUGUGACGCUGCCCACUCAUCCACCAACAGAGGACUUAAACCGAGGAGAGGUCCUCUGUGCUGGUUUCAGUAUUUCGGAAGAGUCAGACAACCUUACUAAGAUCUCCUACUACAACCAGGCCACGCCGGGUGUCUUGCCUUACAUCUCCACUGAUAUCGCUGGACUCUCCUCAAUGUUCUACAACACCUUUUCCUCUUGCAGCGAGUUUCUUGAGAGGAACAGAGACAGCCUGGGGUCCCAUUCCCCCUCUGAACUCUGAAGGAUCCAGGAUGAUGAGUCUCUUCUUCAGCAGCAGAAGCUGAUAUCUCUGACACUCCUAACUCUUGCCCUGACUGAAUCAGACUCCUCAUUUCACUUACCUACUGUAGCCAGUAUCGAUUCCCAUGCUAUGAUAAAUGAUUUAUGAUAUAUUAUUAUAUUAUUUAGUACAAUUCCUUUUCUGCAGUGGCUUAUGUCCUGACAUUUUCCUGAAAAUGUAAUGUUUUUAUGGUCAAAAAUAUUUUUUUGAAGAUGUCAGUUGGUUUAUUGUAAACUAAGGUCAGCUUGAAGCAAUGUCAUGCUUUGUUACAGGUUUCAUGCAGUAAUAUUGUGUAGGAAAUCACAGCACCUAAACAGCACUUUACAGCCCUUAAGGUAUUAAAAGCAUGAGUAGUUGUUAUACCAUAGGGAAUUUCAAUAUUGUCAAUUAGAUGUAGGUUUCCAACAUCUAAUUCAACACCAUUAACUCAGACACGUGUUUAUGAUCACACACUUGGAUCCCUUCUUCUGAACUGCAGUUAUGUUGUUUGUGGUGCCAGUAAAAGUAAAAUGCUUCUGUCCUCAACAGCAACAUAGUCAUCCUAAGGAUAUGAUUCACAGAAAAACAGACAAUACAAUUCCAAAGCCCUGA